AUGGUUCGGCUGCCAUUCAACAAUAAUGUAAACAAACUUGGUGCUUCAUACCCUUCAGCUUUGCGGCGUUUUCAAUCACUUGAGAAACGUUUGGUGCAAGAUAAAGAAAUUGGAAAUGCGUACACUGCCUUUUCGCAAGAAUAUCUAGAUUUGGGUCACAUGUCGCUUGCAACCGAGUCAAAUGUUGAGGACUCGGACUUUUAUCUUCCUCACCACACUGUAGUUAAAAAAGACAGCCCGACUACCAAAACUCGGGUCAUCUUUGACGGUUCUGCUAAAACUUUUAGCGGAAUAUCCCUAAAUGACGCUCUCAUGGUCGGCCCUAAGCUGCAGGACGACUUAUUUAUUUUGCUUAUUCGAUAUCGGUCUCAUACUAUUGUUCUUACUGCAGAUAUAGAGAAAAUGUACCGUCAAAUUCGGGUACAUCCUGACGAUACCAAAUAUCAAAAGAUAUUAUUUCGAGGCAAUCCUUCUAAACCUAUUUCUACGUACAUACUCAAUAACGUCAAUUACGGCACAACAUGCGCUUCUCAUCUUGCUAUUCGUUCUCUGCAGCAGCUCGCUAGCGACGAGGGUCACGCUUAUCCUCACGCUGCCGUAGCCCUAAAGCGCGAUUUCUACAUUGACGACCUUUUUACUGGCACAAAUACUAUUCCGGAAGCUGAAAUGUUACGCGAUGAGCUAAACGAGAUUUUUAAAAAAGGUGGCUUCAACUUACGAAAGUGGGCUUCAAAUAGGCCCUCUCUCUUAUAUAAGUAA